AUACUCGGGAUUAACUUGUUUUUAUCUCGCCAUAUCUUUCACAUUUCUGCACCGGGUAGCCUGCUCACCUGCAGAUUGUUGAGAAAACGCACGAGUCAGCGUCCUCUUGACCUCUAAAUUAAUCUGUGUUGUACACAAACUGUUGACGGGUUGCGGGGAAGGCGCGUACAGCUCAAUGUGAGUGGCUGGAUGAGGAGCAGCCGCCGCACGGGGCUGACGGUGCUGCUGUCCCCGUCACACUGAUGGGGGCCGACGGGAGUAAAAACAGGAAGAGGUCAAAUGAAGGGCAUGAAGAUGAGGACUUCUCGUCUGGGUGGCGUGGCUUCCUCUCUAGCAUGGGCCUGUCUAUCCCAGCAGGCCUAUGUCGCCUGGCGCCACCCGCCCUGCGCCUGGGCCAGCAUCGAAUGCUCCACGGCAAAGCGCCCGACAUCCCGGAGCACGUGCUGAGGCUGGCGGGAGUCGGCCCGGGCAAGAUGAGAGCCGAGUGGAGCCUGCCGGGGUUCAUCACCAUGUUCCUGCCCGAAUUCCCCCACAAAACGGUGCCUGGGCACGAACACUUUCAGGUGUUAAGUUACAUCGCCAAAGGUUCCUUUGGACCCAUUCUGAAAGUGAAGGACAAGACCAAGCAGAAAACAUAUGCGGUCAAAGUUAUACCUAAAUCAGAGAUUCUACGUCUCGGGGUGUUGGAGCAGUCCAAAGAAGAAGUUAUUGUCCAGCGUCAGGUCCGCCACCCAUUUGUCCACGACCUCCAGGACUGCUGGCAGACUCAGCGCCACCUCUACAUUAUGUGCGACUACUGCAGCACAGGAGACCUGUACACCUACUGGCAGAUGAUUGGUCAGUUCCCAGAGGACACGGUGCGAGUGUUUGCAGCAGAGUUGGGAUGUGCGCUUGGUUUUCUGCACGACUUUGGGAUCAUUCACAGAGAUGUGAAGAUGGAGAAUAUCCUGCUUACAGACAACGGACACCUGCGCUUAGCUGACUUUGGUUUGUCCCGUCGACUGGAGAGAGGAGGAAGAGCUUUUACCAUCUGUGGAACCAUCCAGUAUAUGGCCCCAGAGGUGCUCAGCGGGGGACCCUACAACCAUGCAGCUGAUUGGUGGUCGCUGGGUAUCCUGCUCUUCUCAUUGGUGACUGGGAAGUUCCCCAUGCCCCCAGAGCCGGACCACUGCAGCAUGCUGAGGAGAGUGAGGUGUUUUCCGUAUGAAAUGCCCCUCAACCUGAGCUCCCCACUGGCUCUGUUAAUAACGGAGCUUUUGUGCAAAACUCCGACCCGCCGCCUGAGGAGCCUCGACCGUUUCAAACGCCAAACGUUCUUCCACGGAACGACCUUUGACCUCGCCCUACUGCAGCGCCAGCCUGUGGGGGUGAUUCUGGAGCUGAGAGAGCGACCGGACCGCGCGGCCAAAGCUCGCCGAGGCCUUGCGUUGUCCCUGCAGCCUCUCAAAGGUUUCGACUACGACUCGUUCCUCAGCCCUCCGUCCACACCGGACACGCAGCUGGACGCCGACGCACAAACACACACGGCCGCACCGUUCCCCGGCCCCGCACUGCCACCGAAAGCUGCUCAGGAACAAGACUUACGGAGAGAAGUGUUUGUGUGAUGGACUUCACUGGUUUCCAACGCACUCUAAACUAAUGUCCUACAUAUUUGUAUUCAUACACACUUAUUCACCCGUACACACAGGUGUGGGGCACUUUGUAAAAAUGUGUACACUACCGUUCAAAAGUUUGGGGUCACUUAGAAAUGUCUUUAUUUUUCAAAGAAAAGCACAGUUUUUUCAAUCAAGAUAACAUUAAAUUAAUCAAAAAUACACACUAUACAUUGUUAAUGUGGUAAAUGACUAUUCUAGGUGGAAACGUCUGGUUUCUAAUGAAAUAUCUCCAUAGGUGUAUAGAGGCCCAUUUCCAUCAACUAUCACUCCAGUGUUCUAAUGGUACAUUGUGUUUGCUAAUCGCCUUAGAAGACUAAUGGAUGAUUAGAAAACCCUUGUGCAAUUAUUCUAGCACAGCUGAAAACAGUUAUGCUGGUGAUGGUCAUGCAAGACACGAAAUUGUCUGGGUGACCCCAAACUUUUGAACGGUAGUGUAUAUUUUAGGAAAAAGCCAAAAUAGCAGAUUAUUAUUUAUUUGACAUUUAGUUUAGAACGGACGUUUUAUGUUAUUUGUGACGUGCUGAACUCAAAUUUUAAUGUUUAAAUUGUUGUACAUGUUUGCCUUUCUCCAAUGAGCACAUCUUCAAGCCUACUGGAACGUUUGCACUCUCGUUGUCCACCUGCUUUCACUUUAAAGUGACUGGUCAUGGCUGACCCCGUUAAUACAUUGCUAUCAAAUUCACCUCACAUGGAAAAGUCACGCUGGUUGAAGACAAUGCACAGAUCAUUUGUUCUUUUUACUUCAAGUUUUUUUGUCGUGAAGUAGAAAUCCAUUCAAAGCUCUUCAGCGAAAUGAGAGUAUUUCUGAACAUCUGCUUUGAUUUUAUUGUCGCAUGACGAUAAAACUUUUGGCAGAAGUAGAUGAAAGAAACUCUGAAACUAUAGACUGUACCUUUAACGUCUCCCUAACUUGACCUUCACUGCCUCAAAUUCUGUAGCAGCAGGAUCGUCUCUCCUCCUGUAAAGUCAUGCGAGCGUCACAACGUCAAAGAUAUGAACGCCUUCAACCUCGGCUUUAGUCUUAAUCAUUUAUCACCUGCGUCUCAGUUCCAGUUCUCCCAGAUAAGCCUUGAUUUUGACUCCAAGACGGCCUCCGGCUGGACAGAGACGAGCUGAGAACAGCAUUGUUUACCUCUCGGUAACAUUUAGUCAGAUACAAGGACUUUUUAUAUUGUGUAAGGCAUAAAGUAAUCACACUGUCAUGCACUUACCCGAUUAUCAGAUUAUAUUAUGAUUUUAUAAAGUAUCCCCUGAUGUGUACCCAGAAUGCCUCACAUGCAUGAUCUCGAGCGAGCUUUCUUACCGUCACCAAAACAUGCUUAUUUAUAAAAAAUCUUAUUUAUAAAUUGUAUGGAUGCUAUUUGAUGUUUUACGGUACAUUGUAUUUUUGUAAUUACCAUGUAGCACAGAUGGAAUAUUAAACUCUUACUAAACAGCGA